UCCCUGUCGCUCGGGACGGGGCUCCGUCGUGCUCUCUCCCGCGACGAUGGCGACCCUGCUUCCGGCCGUCGUCCUCUGCUGCGCUCUGCUGGCGGGCGCCGACGGGCACCUCCGACUCUCGGAGGAGUUUGGCCACUCCGCGUCCUCGCGCCCGGCUGGCGAUCACUUCCGGGCACCGGAGGACGUGGUCGGCUCCUCGCUGCUGACCCUGCUGGCGGACGCGCUGCCGGCAUCGCCCGUCUGCGACGACAAGCUGGAGGGAGCGCCGGCCAGCGACGCGGCGCGCGACGUUCGACCCUUCCUGCAGCACGUGUGCCACCGCCAGCGGCAGCUGGAGGCGCUGCUGCAGGCGACGAAGCCGCAGCCGCCGCCGUCGCUGCCGCCGGCGCCGCGAGCCGCCGCCCUGCCGCGCACCUUCGCCCUGGAGCAGGAGGAGGCAGAGGAGGAGGCACUGGAGGAGCUGCCGGAGUGGGCUUACGAGCUGGGCGGCUGGCUGGCGCCCAUGCAGAGGGAUGUUCCGAGCAAGCUCUGUCGGCAGCACAGCCGGGUGUACCUGGAGCAGCUGAACAAGGCGCAGCCGUGGGCAUUCUCAAUGUUCGAUUCAUCCGGGAAGUUUCCCGACGGCAUCUUCUACGGCAACCUGAACAUGCUGGGCAGCUGGGAUGAAUGCCUGCAGGUCGAAGCCAUGCUGAACCAGACCGAAUACCCCAACAUCACCCAAGCGGCCUUCAAAGGACAGUAUUGUAUGGCUAACAUCAUUCCCAGCAGCGCGCUGCCAACCGACGACACCGGACUGGGACUCGUCCCCGUUCUGCCACUGCCAGCGUUUGCCUCGAUCGCCGGCGGUCCCAGCGCGUUUGGUGUCGUCACUGGCCUCCGGUACGGCUACUGCAUACCAUCGUCAUGCUCAGCGCAAGAUGUCAUGAUAUCACUGAACACGUGGCUGUACAGUCGAAACAGCACGGGCCUGCUUGCCUACGUCGGCGAGGGAAACUGCCACACCAAGGACGAGGGACAAAACUUCGAAACCAACGACAUCGUCGUCAUUGUCAUCAUGUCCUUGUUUGGAGUCAUCAUCGCGCUGUGCACAGCUCUGGACGUCAUCGGUAUAUACGUGAAGCGGAUGUCCAGCUCGGCAGAUGGGACCAUUAUCGGCUCGUCCACGGCCUUCCCACCAGCGGACUGGCGAAUCGUGAACGCUUUCUCACUGCGCUACAACACCAAAAAACUGCUGGGAACGAAGACGGGCUCUGAUAACCUUGGCUGCAUUCACGGCAUGAGGUUUCUGUCCAUGACAUGGGUGGUGCUAGGGCACAACUACCUGUUCGCGUUCAUGAACGGUGCCUGGACGAAUCCUACCUACUUACCAGAGAUUUUAAAAGCGCCGGCGUUGGAGGUGGUGGCGAACGGCUUGCUGUCCGUGGACACCUUUUUCUGCUUGGGCGGCAUCAUGGUCGCUUAUGCCUUUAUGAAGAUGGUGACCUCCAACCGCGGCAAAGUACGCUGGCAUGACAUACCCAUGAUGUACCUACAUCGGUAUCUGAGACUGACUCCUGUGUACGCCAUUACCGUGGCACUCACUGCCACCCUGGCGCGACGAAUCGGAACCGGACCCGGUCUGGCCAGUGCGCUAAACACACAAGCAAAGGUGUGCCAGGACAGUUGGUGGAAAAAUCUCUUAUACAUCAAUAACUUCACCGACAUCUUUAGCUUGUGCAUUGGCCAGUCCUGGUACCUGCCCGUAGACUUCCAGCUAUUCCUAGCUGCACCAUUCAUGAUGUUGCCAUACGUCUACAACAAGAAGAUCGGCGUCGCCUGGCUGGCACUCCUGGCCGCAGGCUCGGUGGCCGUGCCUGCCGUCAUCACCUACCAAGAGGAUCUCCCGCCCACCGAUCUGUUCUUCAACAUCAACUCGAUACCGAAAGCGCAACAGUUUUUCGAGGACUUCUACAUCAAACCGUGGUGUCGGGCUUCGCCUUACAUCGUCGGCAUCGGGAUGGGUCUGCUUCUGCACCACAUAAAGGCUAACAAGAUCACCAUCAGAAUACCCGCCGCUGUCAACGUUGCGAUGUGGGCGCUCAUGUCGGCCACGGGCCUGGUGAUCGUGUACGGCACGCACCAGUGGAACAAGGACCCGACGGCCACCUGGACCACAGCCGAGGCCGUGUCCUACGGCUCGCUACACCGUCUCGCCUGGGGCAUAGCCCUCAGCUGGGUGGUGUUCGCCUGCGUCAACGGAUACGGAGGAUUCGCAAACAUGCUGCUGUCAUUCAAAGGCUUCAUCCCGCUUGGCCGACUGACCUACACCACCUACUUAGUGGCCGUGCAGGUGCAGACCUGGUACUUUUCCUCCUUCAAGGGUACGGCGCGCUACGGCAACACCAUCAUGGUGUUCACCUUCCUGAGUAACCUGAUUGUCUCCACGGCGAUCGCCGCCGUCCUCUCCCUCUGCUUUGAAUCUCCGAUGAUGAGCAUAGAAAAGAUCAUCUUUCCACAAAGAAGGACGAAAACGGGACCUAGUGAAACAACACCUAAAGACCUGGCUUCUGCGGGACCAGCGCCCGGAGAAACACCCCAUGAGUCAAGAACCAGGCUCUAGGAGACUACAGCUGGCGUGCCAAACACAGAUAAAAGUGGCGUGUCUAUUCUGUUUAUACAUUAUUGCUACCGUAAGUUAACCAGCGUAUCAAAGCAUUUAGCAAAGAUGAGCAUCCGUUUCAACAAGGCGUUCACCAUCUCGGAGAAUGCAAUAAGUAUCAAGCACGUAUGGUUUAGUGAUGCAGUGCCACGGUAUGCUCACUGUGCGCUGUGCGCUACGCGUCAGGCCGCCUUAACCACAAAGGACAAAGUCUCAAACAGCAACUAUGUGUGGGUUGCGGCCAGUGCGGCCUAUAAUGCGACACAUAAGCAAUUAUUUGUCAUGGAAGACUUGUACCAGUCACAACUUUGAUAAGGUCGAUGAUGCAUGUGGUUGAUACCUCUGAUUGUUGGAUAUAUUAAUGAAUAAAUGA